AAAAUAUAAAUUACAAAUGGCGUUUACGUAGAAUAGACAGAUGUGUUCACGGCCACGAUGGGCGAUGAUUCUUUGAUAUUACGAGAAGAUGGUUAUAUUCAUAUGAACUUUCCUGUUACUUCUUUAACGUAUCAUAGUAAUUUAAAUAUAAUAUUGGUGAAGACUCUCGUUGGUGGUGUACACGUUUUGGAUGUGAACUCUGGUGUGAUACUCCAGUCUUCUUUCCUGUCAGCAGCGGACGAGGGCGGCGCGCUAGGCGUCGAGUACGCGCCGGGUGCGGACCGGGUUUUUCUGUGGGACAACAGCGGCGUGGGCGCUCGCACCGACUACAAUGGGGUGCUCCUGCUGCACACGGCCCUGCAACGCCCGCUGCCCUCCUCGCAGCCCGACAAAAUAAUUCGCAUUGAACUCGUUUUGUCUGAGGCUGUUCUCCUGUACCAGUGUCUGGAGAGCCUAGACGCUCACUCGAUUGAGGGCCUAUCGGACUUCAUCACUGAACUCAAGAACGCCAUAGAUGCCGAGCCUGUUCGUAAGGGCGUGAAGGCGCAAAAGUGGAGCACAGUCAUCAUCCGACUGCCGCAGUCGACAGUCCGCUUGGUGACCACCGGAGUAGUCCAGGAGUUGAAGGGCCAGAACCGACGGAUCCCGGCUCUUGCCAUCGCCUCAGCCGUCGGCCAGCGGGCCAACGAGCUCGUGCCCUGCUCCCGGGAUGAGGAGACCAGGCCGUUGAUGUACUCUGAGGCCGAGAGGAAAGAGACUUUCAAACGAUGGCCUCAUAUGGAUUACAAAUGGGCGUUACCAGCGCGUAUGGCGCAAGCAGGCUUCUACCACCAGCCCACACCUAGCGGCGAUGACCGUGCUAUGUGCUUCACCUGCCUGGUGUGUCUAGUCUGCUGGGAGAAGUCCGACGAGCCCUGGGUGGAACACGAGCGUCACUCGCCCAACUGCCCCUUUGUACGGGGGGAAUAUACGCACAACGUGCCCAUAUCAGUCACAAACGCCACAGCUUGCGCCGUCCCGAGCCCGAACGUGACCAUAGUGUCUAAAGGCAACACGGGGGAGCUAAUCGCCGCGGGAACUUCCGACGGCAAGGUCAACAUCUGGCGCUUCGAGUGCGGCCUGCGGUUGGCCAAGUUCAUCCACCUGUCGCCCUACGACUCGAUCUUCAGCGGUAUACUCAGCACGGACUGCAAUAAAGUCUGGUCGGCGAGUAUAGAGAAAGAUACCUCAACAUACGGCAUCGAAUUGACUGCUAUGUCAUUCGUCGGUAUGACGUCACAACAGGAAUCGUAUUCCCAAGCGCAGAGCGCGGAGGGCGCGGAAAAGGACACGGCCAGCACAUCGAAGACGAAACCCUCAUUGAUAUGCGCGGUCACUGUCACCAGGACCAACACCGCGCCCUCCGACCAGCCCAUCCAAGAAGACUCCAGUAAGGCUCUCUUCGAGACCGGUGCGGACAAGGCCAAAGAGAGCGUUCAAGCCAUGAACGACGAGAACGAGGCAAAAAGCAAUUUGCCGUCCUCAAAUAAAAUGUUGUAUCUAUUGACGUACGACAUACACAGUUCCGUAGCUGGGUCCGUGACCACGGUGGUCCAGACCAGCAACGGCAGCGGCAACUCCAAGCCCGGCGGCAGCAAGAAAGUUUGCACCGUCGCGCGCAAGGACGACGCCAACAUCUACGACGAGAUCUACUUCCAGUACUCCGACGAGGACACCGAGCUGCCGCCCUGCACCAGCAGCCUCAUGGACGAGCAGAUCAGCAACGUGAUUAACCUCAACGCGUCCUCCAGCAAGGACGACUGCAAGAUAUGGGAACCGAAGAAGAUUAUCUUCAUGAAGCAUUUCAAGGUGCCGCCUCCGCCGCCGCCCACGGCACUGUUGCCCGAGCUCCCGGAAUCGGGACAGGGCAGCAUGCUAGACUUUGUCGGCAAAAUAUCCCAGCUCAAGAGCUGGAAGAGCGGCAACCUCGAGUCGGUCGGCACGAAGCUGGCCGACCAGACCGACGCGGUCCUGCAGCAGGCGGACCCUAUAACCCACUACCUCAACAUGAACGGACCUCUAGAAAUAUCGGACCUCAAGUGGUACGAGGGAGGCGACGGCGGAAAGGUCAAGGUCACGACCUUCGGAGGCACAAAAGUCAAGACGCAGACCGUCGUCAGCAACAGCAACAACGACGGCUUCGACAGCGACCCCCCGGCCGAGGAGGUCGUGUCGCAGGGCAUCGCCAUACAGUGCCUCAACGUCCCGACCAAUCUCAUCCUCAACGACGACUCCAAAGUCACCCAUCUCUUGCCCACUGAAGAUAAGGAGCAUUUACUCGUCGUCGUCUCGAGUAUCACCUCGGUCUCGGUGAAACUCGAGGACGACGCGGACACCGACGGCGAUAUAUGGAUGGACGUCGACGAGGUGACCGAGCCGCCGACCGAAAAAGAUUGUUCCGACGCGAAGGCCUACUUCCUUCUCUACAAAAUCAACAGCCAAACCUCUGUGUGCACUUUAGACGACAACCCAGUGUUCAUGAAAGAGUUGCCAUACAACGAAAGUCCCGUAGACAUAUGCCUGUUGCCUAUGGAUAAGCACUCGUUCGCAGUAGUCUCAGUUGACGGCUGCCUCCGAUUGUACUCGAUCGCUGACUUUUCUUUGUUGACUGAGAAACGAGUUCCUAAAGAACACUUUUCAUCUGUCACUUUCUGUGCGUCGGUCGACCGCCUGAGCGUGUCGACGAAGCACGGAAUCAUUUACUUCUACGCCCUGAACAACGGCGAGAAAGAUAACACCGGGGACGUGGACGACGACGAAUUCGCCAACAUAGAUUUCGACAUGCUUCAGAAAGCGCCUCGAGACGAGGUGUGCGGGCCGCUGCCCCCGCCCGUCAUCAUCGCGAACAAGACUGAGUUGGAUAUGAAUGACUUGGAAGCAUUGAUAUCUCUAACAGGGUCUUACGGUACGAACACGACGGUGCCCUACAGCGCCGUGGUGCCCGGCUUCUGGUGCGAGCUGUCGCCCGCUCAGCGCUCCAGAUCCGACCACCAGAAUAACAGGACUUGGAGACUCCAGUCGUCGACCUGGGACGAGCACGUCCUGGAAUUGACCUUGCCGUACAGCGUUUCGUUAGCGCACGUAGAGUUCGGCUUCACCUUGCACACGGCCUGCUCGGCCAACCUGCCGGUGAUCCAGGUCACACUACUGAAACAGAACCUUCACGGGCUCGGAUACAAGAAAGACGCGUCGUACGGCUCGCCCGUGCACUUUUCGAUCGACGCAGAAAACGCGACCAACGUCGAGAACCCCGUCAACAGCGAGGAGUAUUUGCAAGCUCAUAACGCUGAGAUUCUCGCCGGUCCAUUGCUGUUAUCCUCCGGGCUGGACUUGACGCAGCAGUCCGGCACGCUCAUAUUGACCAGUCCCCGCCUGUAUCGAGCGCGAGGUCGGACGUUCUUGAUACACAUCAAGUCCCUCUUCGACCCGGCCAAGGACCUGAAGGCUCAGUCCAAAGAGAGCGGGUCAAAGAAGUCCGGUUUUAUCGGAUGCGACUGGCUGCACCAGAUAUCGCUGACGGUGCGCGCGAGCCCGCCGACUGAUAUUCCAAUGGAGCGGCAGCAGAGGAUCGCGAUGCUCGAAUCUAAUGCGUUUCUGGACACUCUUUGCGAGAUCGCGACCGGCGGGGGUGAUUCCGAGAAGCGGAAAUUGGCUUUGGAUUUGCUGAUUUGGACGGUAUCGAUCCGUCUGCAGCGGAUUCGCGCUGCUAAGGCGGAGAAAGGCAAGGGCAAGGAAGCUGGUAGCGCGGCCGAGGCGGCGCAGCUGGAGUGCGCGCGCGCCGUGGAGCGCCACGCCGACGCGCUCAUCAAGAACUGCGUGCUGUGCUCCAACCGCAGCAUCGCCAAGAAGUGCGUCAAGAUCAUGCUGAUUACGAGCGAGGGCGUAAAGCAACUGCCCAAGCCUUGGAAGUCGACCUUCGAGCAGACGCUAACCAACAGCGUGAGCGGGUGCAUCCCGUUCCUCGGCGCGUGCGAGUCGCCGGGCGCACUGCGUUGGUUGGCGGCGCUGGCACAGCACGCGGCGCGCGGUGGCCAGAGACAGGCGGCGGCGACGCUCGUGGCGGGAUGCCUGGCGUUGUUAGAACGCACUGCGAGGUGUCUUCGUGACCGAGCUGAUGUUUAUCAUCAGCUGCUGAGAGCCAGGUUUGGCCUAUACGGGCUGCCGCUAGAACGCACAAUCUUCGCGUCAGAAGUGCCAGAACUGGGACGCGGCUCGUCGACUCCAGUCACAUACGCCAGCGUGCUCGCAGGCGACAAUGCUACGCCGCCCAGCGCUAAGACUGAUUGCCAGCUCAAAGACUUGCUCAAUCUACCCCCGGAUAUCGAUGCGAAGUCGCCGCCUUCAUCCGUCGCGGCGUGGGCGCAGAGCAACGGAGUGGGCGUGUUCGGGGCGGGGCUUAGCGAGGCCAUGCCCCUGCACGUGACGUGCCACGCCGCCUCCGACGGGACCAAACUGGAGUCCACUGGUGGCCGUCACCACGCUUCCGUUGUCAGCUACAUGCCUGGCGCGCUGGGAGUGGCUGAUCCUAACCAGCUUUGGUCCGCCGUGAAAGAGGGCCAAAUGAAACAAACAUCCCAAGAUCCCGACUCUUUAGAAGACGUCGAGAGCUCUUUGAUGGACUGUGAUCCUCAAGAGAAACUCGAGUUUUCUGAAGAGAAGCUUUUUAAGGAACAGGAGCAGUGCAAGAUCCCGUGGGCGGGGCUGGUGACGCGGCCGCCGCAGCAUACGCUAGUUGUGGAGCGAAUGCACUCGGGCGCGCGCAGAUAUAUCGUGCUCGACUUCGGACACACUGUUCGCCUCACAGACGUGAUAAUCCCGUCGUGCUCGGACCUGGUGACGCUUUGCAUCGACAUCUGGGUGGCGGGCGAGGAGACGGACUGCGUGAAGCUGGUGUUCGCCACCGACAUCGCCACGAAACAUCUGCUGCUCACCGACAUACAGCCGCCGCCGCUCUGCCGGUACAUGAAGAUCACAACAAUAGGCCGCUAUGGAAUGUCGGCAAUGAAGUGCAAGAUCCCCCUCGGCUGGUUCUACGGCGAGAUCGCCGAAAUCGCCAACGUGCAAGCCUCAGUGAACGCGCUCAACGCUUUGCACCAAGACCUGGCCUGCAGGUUUAGGCUUGCAUCAGGCAAACUAAUGGACCUCCUCAACCCCUACCUCGAACUAUACAACGGGAACGCCGCCCACAUGAUGGCGUACCUAAACAUCGCCAACGACACCGACAACAGUGUAGUCGCGGCCUACACCGAGUGCAUUGAACUCCAGCAGCAACUACACACCUGUAACAACAUACUGAAGAGACUGCAGAACACGCCGGAUUGUAAUCCGAUGAUAUUGAACCUUAUUAACAAGGGCAAGAUCAGCUCUGAAGCGCUGCUGCAGAGGUCGUCGACCGACAAGCUGACUGUGAUCAGCGAGAAUGUCGUCGAUAUGCUGCUGUACUUCUUCUUCCAAAUGGGCGAUGUGCCGCACGAGGAAGUGACCCUGGAGUGGUGUAAAGCAGUGUGCCCAGUCUCGUGGGAGUGGGGCGGGCGCGCGGGCGCGGCGCUGGCCACGCUGGCGGCGCGGCUGUGCGGCGCGGCGGGCUGGUGGGGGCCCUACCUGGCCGACACGCUCGUCGCCGCGCUGCAGGACGCCGACGCGCCGCCCAGGGCGCUGGACAGAUGUCUCGUGCUAGUGAUGUACAUGUGCCGCAAGAGUCUCUUCGCUCAAACCGACCCGGAGCAGGGCGUCGCGGCCGCGCUGGCCGAGCGCGCUCUCACACUAGUCAGGGCUCCGAGGGCACAACCGGCGCUGACCGCCGCUAUACUGACGGCACUUGCGGCUGUAUUAGACGCCGCGGCUGCCGCGCCGGCCAGCCAAACAAAACACAACCGCUGGGACUGGGUAAGCGGGGGCCGCGUGGGCGGCGGCGGGGAAGGCGCCCGCCCAGAAUGCCGCCUGCACCGCCGCAAGCUGCACAAGAAACUCCUCCACCAGAUGCAGGAGUUAGAAGCAGCUCGUCGUGGCAUCCAGGUGGCACUGGAGGAGCAGCAGCGUGCCCGUUUCGGUCUGAAGGCGCGCAUGGCGAUGGUGGGCAAGCGCGACGCGGGGGCGAAGGCCGAGGCCUCCGGGCCGCCGGUGGAGGCCCGGUCCGUGCGCCCUAUGCCGCCCGAGCUCGGCUCGCGACUUGGCGCCGCGCUGGUAGCACAUAUGCUAGCGGCUGAUAGCGCCUCGGAUGGGGAUGCGCUGCUGUUGUGCGCUAAGGUGGUGGGCCGUCUGUGUUGCGUGUGUGGCGGCGCAGGCCUACUAGAGCCGUCCGGCGUGCUAGGAUUAGCGCGGCUGGCCGUCACGCUGCCGCCCUGGCCGCGCCACGCGCUCACCACGCUCUUACAGGACUUAGUAGAAUUCGAAAGCGGCUCACCCAACACGAGCCCGUCUGCGUCGACGGAAGAGGCGUGGCCUGCUGCCGGCUCGUCGCGCUACCACGCGCCGCCCGCGCCCAAGCCACGCCCCAAGGGCGCCACUGUCGCAGAUGCGUUAGCCGAUAGUUUUGGUCUGGUGAAGAGUAGCAACUUUAGCAAGCCCAAAAUUGUCACACAAGAAUCGAUCAAAGACAUCGAGAUAGAGGAGCAUCUUGCUCAAGUGACCGAGUCAGACGACUCGGAGACCGAGGAGAAGCUCGAGCAAUACUUCCUGGACGCCGUCGCCGUCAAGAAGGAGACCAGGAGCAAACUGGCCAUUGACAAUAUCACCAGCGUGGUAUCAGAAUGCGGCGACGCUCGCCUAGAGAGCGGCGCAGGAGGCGCGGGCAUCGCCGCCGAGGCACUAGCGAGGCGCGCCCUACUAAAUACCGGCGGGGCGCUCGCCGCCGCUUUACGCGCGCCGACGCCGCCGCCGCCGCCGCCGCCCGCGCCGCCGCAGCCUACGUCGCCAAGCUCGCGACCGCAUCCGCCGCUCACGCACACGCUGUAUGACGUGUUCAGGCAUCUGGCGCUGGAGUUCCACUAUCAGAUGGACUGCACGUUCAUGGAGAACGUGAUAGCUCUCUGGUUAACGCUGAACGGGUCGGCGUGGGGCGGCGCGUGGUCGCUGGCCACGCUGGCCGUGCCCGCCGACAUGCCGCGCGUGCGCUUCGCCCCAGACACCGUCAACGCGCUGCUGCAGUCGCUGUGCACAUUGGAAAACGUAUCGCUGAGGUGUUGGGUGUUAUCCAUGCAAACCCUCGCCUGGAUCACCAAUUUGCCUUUGCAGAUGGAAGGCAGCACUCAGACGAUGGGUCGAGUGAUACUUGAAUGCGAGCACUUCGUGCCGGCUGUGGUGAAGUUCAUUACCAUGAAUGUUGCUACAGAUGGUGCUGUAAUCUCAUCAGAACCUUAUCUCGGCGGAGCCACAAUCGGCGCGGGCGCGGGCGCCGCGUCCGCCCUGCACGCGCUGCUGUCGCGCGUGGUGUGCGCGCGCGGCGCGGCGGGCGCGCUGGCGUCGCUGCGGAUGGUGGCGAGCGUGUGGCGGCGCGGCGGCGAGCCCGGCCAGGCCUACGACCUGCAGGCCACGCUGCUGCGCCUGGCGCUGUCCAUCCUGCAGCUGCUCAGCGGCCGCCACACGCAGCACGCGGUCGCGCUGCUCGACACCGUCGCUCACAUGUCAGCCGGCUGGGUGCGCGAGAGCAACAGCUCGCGCGGCGAGGCCGGGUCGGAGGCGCGGCUGUCCGGGCUGCUGGCCGACGUGCUGGGCGGCGGCGGCCGGCGCGCCCCGCUGCGACGCGCCGUGCUGGCCCAGCUGCUGCACUACUGCCGCAAGCUGCUGGCCGUGCCCUACCCGCCGCCCGCGCCGUCUGGAUCAAGUCCGAACAUGUCUACCGGUGAACAGUCACAAACGGACGAGAGCAAGGCGCAGCAUUCACAGCACGCCGCUACUAAUGUGGAAGACGAACGCAAGCAGCAAGCUGCGAGAACACCUUGCCACGCUGACACAGUACUACAACACCCACUCAUUAUGGAGAGAUUCUACAGAACGCUGUCCAUGUGCGACGGCAUGAGUAACCUAUUUUUGAACUCGGGAAUGAACUCAGAGACGGCUGGCGACUACGCGUCUCUGAAGGAGGAGGUGUUCUGGCUUGUAGCCACCAUCCCUAGCGUGGCUGCCAACCCUGUGCUUAUGGUUUCUAGCAUUAUGGACUUCAUCAGGAAAGAAGAGGUCGUCCACCUAUCUCAAGCCAUGCAGCAGCUCAUUAUCCGGCUGCUGGACAAGCCCGAAGCGCAGGCGGCUUUCAUCGAGGCCGGCGGGCUGGAGCUGGCCGUCGAGAAGCUCACCGCCUGCCACCUGUCAGGACCGAGCAACAGCCAGGGGCUAGUGUCCUCGCUGAUGAACUACCUGAAGCUGCCGCCGCAGCUCAUCAACCUGUCCACGCCCGCUACCAGCAGCAAGAAGAACCAGCCGCCCGUCAUUGAGACCACUAACGGGCUCGUCAACAUUGCACCGCUGUGUUCGGUGUCGUGCGGCAACCCGACCGCGCAGGCGGCGGACGUACUCCUAGAGGGAAGCGGCACGAGCAGCGGGCGCGGCACGUGCGCGGCGCGGCGAGUUCGCGCGGCCGCCUGGUCCUACCACUUCUUCAGCGCUGAUGACACCUCGCUCGCGCUCACGCUCACGCUGCCCUACGCUGCUGCGCUGCAUGAGCUGCAGUUGCAGCCGCAUCUUACUAGUCUAGCCACGUGCCCAGGCGCCGUGGGCAUCGAAGCCGGCUGUGGCGACACGGUGGCGCCGCUGGGCCCGCCGCAGUGCACGGCCGGCAUGACGUUCAUCCGCCUGGCGCUGGCGCGGCCCGUGGUGUGCUCCACCGUCCAGCUGCGCCUCUACCGCCCGCGCGACUCGUCCAACAUGGGCCUGCUGCAGCUGCGGCUGCUCGUGGCGCCCGCCUUCAGCCCGCACGCGCCGCCCGCGCCGCCGCCCGCGCCGAACAACUGGGCGUGCGUGAUAUCCGCGUGCACGCGCGCGCGUUCCGGCGCGACGCGCUGGGGCGCGGCCGCGGGCGCCGGCGCGAUCAACGCGCUGUGCGCGUGCGUGCUGGGCGGCGGGCCGCCGGCGCACCACGCGCACCACGCGCUGUUAGCCGCUGCCGUGCACGCGCCGUCGCCUGCGCAUCGCGCGAGAGUGCUCACUGCGUUGUUGCAGACCGAUUCUGCUGCUAGAGCUCACGAGUUCCAAGUGUCCCCCAACAUGCGCGGCUGCGGCGGCGCCAUGAACGGCGUGUGCGAGCUAGUGCGGCAAUUAUGCGCGCGCUGCCCCGCCGGCGCCGCCCACGCCUACCUGCAGUGGCUGGCCGGCGCCGCCGAGCGCUGGCUGCGCGACCGCACGCCGCCCUCCGCCGCGCUCACGCACACGCUGGCCACGGUGUUGUGGACGUUAAAAGAAGAAAGAUCUCUAGAAGACUUGGAGCAGCUCAUCACAGAUGACUUGUUCGAGUUAGUGUACACGUGGGUCAAGGAUGUUCCCGAAUCUAGUCUACUAAAGAAAUCCCUUGAUUCCAUAUUGUGCUCAAUGUGCUACAUUCGCCCGGAAUUAUUCAAGAUGCUUUUGGAACAAAUGGAUAUUCCAAUGGAUCAAGAAGAAAGCAUGGAAGGCCUAACCGACGACACUAAAGUGCACGCCAUGCCAACCGGCCGGCCGGAACCGGCGGAGUGCAACAGCAGCGUGGCUUGGAAGCUGCGCGGCUGGCAGCUGCAGACCGUGGCCGCCGCCGCCAUGUCGCCCGCCGCCACGCCCGCGCUGCUGCACUCGCGGCUGCCCGCUUGCGCCGUGCGCGCCAUCACAGAAUUCAGCGAAGCAAAACUAGAACUUAUCAAAGAGCAAAUGUCCUCACAAGACGACGUAACCAUGCUUGAAUGUGAGAAGGAAUUGCCUCAACCCAAUACUGAACUACCGUCAAUGAAAAACGUAUGCCAACUGGUGGAGUUUGCGCGGUCGCUGUGCGCCGAGCGGCGGCUGAAGGAGUGGCUGGGCACCACCGGCGCCUGCUUCUGGCAGCCGCUGCUCACGCUGCUGUGCUUCCCGCGACCGCCCGAGACCACGUGGCAGGAAGGCGCGCAGUACGCGGCGCUGGAGGAAGCCACGAUCCGGCUGUUCGCUGAGCUCAACGUGUGCCACGCCGCCAACCAGAAGCUCUUCGCGCACACGCUGCACCGGAUACUCGAGUCCAUGCACUGCACUGGUCCAGAGGGUAUCUCCGGGUUCACCCGAUCUCUCAUCCUCCGCCUGGUGUUAUCCGGGUCGCGCAUGCGCGUGGCGUUACGCUGGGGCGGCGCCUGGUGCGCGUGCGGCGCCUGCGGGUCCCCGCCGCACGCGCCGCCCGCGCCGCCCUCCGCCCCGCCCCGCCACCCCUCGCACCCGGCGGCGGCGCAUCAUGCUGUACUGACGCUGCCGCUGCAUACUACUGUGCGGGCGCUGCUGGCUGAACAUAGGCCUCCAUUACCAAUAAUAGACGACACGGCAAAGAUGUGCGUGAGCACCGCUCCAGGCGGCGCCAACUCGGUGCUUCGCAGCGCUUCGGAUACGGCCAUUAUGACCGUGGCGGAGGCCUGGGAGCUUAGCCUGGCCGCCGCUAGCGCGUCCAAAGACAAACGCGUCAAAGACGUCAAGAACACGUCUCUGAAGCACCAGAACAGCAAGAAGAGGCAGCUGAAGGCGACCAAUGAGCCUUCCGUGCUGUGUGUGAGUGAUGAACUCAUCGAGUCCACAAUCCGGGUGCAAGUGCCUGGUCUGGAGGGCUUCAUCCCGCCCAGCACCACCCUAGCACAACUGGCUAUGGCCGCGCCGCAGGCGUUCGGACCGCACCUCACGCUCACGCUGCAUCUCAACACCAAUGGUGACGUCUGGUCGGGUCCCACAUGGGAGCCGCCGGCGAACACGAGCGCGGGCGCCUCGCGCUGCGGCGGCGUGGUGCUGCGAACGUUCGCGGCGUGCGGCGGGCUCGCCCUCGUGGCCGCUCGCCUGCCGCGCCCGCACGCGCCGCCGCACCCGCCGCCUGCGCAGCACCAUCACCACCACGACCUGGACUGGGUCAAGCUGGACGAUCCUUACGAGGAGGUGGUGGAACUAGGCGUGAUCUCAGGAAGUAGUGCAGCGACGGAGGAAGGCGGCGGGGUGCCGGCGCACGCGCUGGGAGCCCUGGGGCUCCUGCUGAAGCUGCCGCGCUACGCCGCCGCGUUGCUGGACGAGGGCGCGCGUGCUGCGCAUUUGCUGCGCUUGCUGCUCGGCGUGGCGCACGACGAGGACGGCCGGAGCAUAGUAGUCGGCGGCAACGGCAGCGGCACCGGCGAAGCGGGCUGGUCGCUCGGUACUCUGCCGUUCCGCGUGGUGUCCCGCCUGUUAGAGACCAGCGGGCCGCUCGGCUCGCCCGAGGCCGUCGCCUUACGCCGCGCCCUGCUGGCGUUGGGCGCCGUGCGGCUGGUGCUCGCCUGCCUGGCUGUGUUCACGCACCAUAGACCCGCCUCAAACGAUAACAGCCAAGCCUCAAACGGGUCGGGCAAGUCGGAGGACAAGAGCCAGCUGUACUGGGCCAAGGGCACGGGCUUCGGCACGGGCUCCACGCAGCAGUCGUGGAACGUCGAGCAGGCGCUCGUGCGCCAGCGCACUGAAGAGGAGCACGUCACUGUGCUCUUGCAAGUCAUAGCCUCAUACAUGAACCCCGGCGAGAAGUGGCCUCCCGAAGAGAACACCUCCGAAGACGAGUCCUCUUCCGGGCGGUCGUCGACCCCCGCCGAGGCUGAGGGCGAGGGGGAGGGGGAAGCCGAAGAGGAUGAGCCCCGUGACUUACCCGCGGAGUUCAUCGACCUCAUCGCCGGCAGCUCGCUGGUGCCCGCGAUAUGCUCGUACCUUAGGAAUGACUCGGUGUUGGACAUGUCGCGGCACAUCCCUCUGUACGUGUGCGUGCUGCGCUGCGCACGCGCACUGGUGGGCGCGCGCAGCCGGCGGCUGGCGCCCGCGCUGCGCCCGCUGCCGCGCCUGCUGCACAACAUGAGCCGCACCACCAACUCCUACGCCGCCAAGCUUAGAAUGAGUAAAAAGAAUAUAUUCGGAAAGAUGACGUAUAGCCAAAGAUUUAGCACAUCAAGUAAUUCAGAAUUAUCGGAAGAAGACGAAGGCCUCGCAGCGCUCAUUGCUGAUAUACAGGCGACGUCUGCGCUGGUGUGGCGCGCGGAGGGCGGCGCGGGCGCGGCGGGCGCGGGCGAGGCGCUGGCGGCGCGCGCGCUCAGCGGCGCCUCGCGCGAGGCGCGCUACAUCGAGCUCAUGCGCACCAUGCAGUUCGAGACCUUCGAGAUGAUAGCGGAGUGUCCCGACACGGGGUUCCGUUUCACGGUGCCGUACCACUUCGAGGGCGCGGUCCGGGCCGCCGGCGCGCGCGCCGCGCCCGCGCGCAUGAAGCGCCUGGCGCAGGAGGCCGCCACGCUCGCCACGUCGCUGCCGCUGUCCUACUCCUCCUCCGUGUUCGUCAGGACCGACACCGACCGCCUGGACGUCAUGAAGGUCCUAAUAACGGGCCCGUCAGACACGCCGUACGCGAACGGCUGCUUCAUCCUGGACGUGUACUUCCCGGCGGAGUACCCGGCGGUGCCCAUGCUCAUCAACCUGGAGACGACGGGCCGCCACUCGGUGCGCUUCAACCCCAACCUCUACAACGACGGCAAGGUCUGCCUGUCCGUGCUCAACACGUGGCACGGCCGGCCCGAGGAGAAGUGGAACGCGCACACGUCUAGCUUCUUGCAGGUGCUGGUAUCGAUCCAGUCGCUGAUCCUGGUGCCGGAGCCGUACUUCAACGAGCCGGGCUACGAGCGCAGCCGCGGCAGCAGCGCCGGCUCCAGCGCCUCGCUGGAGUACAACUCCAACAUCUACCAGGCCUGCGCGCGCUGGGCCAUGCUCGACCACCUGCGCAGCCCCGAGCCCUGCUUCAAGGAGGUGAUCCAGACGCACUUCUGGAUCAAGCGCAACGAGAUCAUGCAGACGGUGGCCAACUGGAUCACCGAGCUGGAGGGCCAGGGCGGCGACGAGCGCACGCAGCGCACCAUACAGCUCAACCUCAUGGCGCUCAAGCGGCACUACGUGAAGCUUCAGGAGGAGCUGGCCAAGCUGCCGGUGCCGCCGGGGCUGGAGGCGCUGGACGAGCCCUUCGUGCUGCCCGCCGCGCCCGCGCACGACGCGCCCGCGCCCGCGCCCGCGCCCCAAGACAUCGACCACGACAUGGAGAAGAUCGUCGCGCAGGUGCUGGACUGAACCGGACACCAGUGGUGAUCAACGUCCCCCCCUGCCGCGCCUCCCCCGCGAAAGUACAGUCACGGAAUGAAAAGGUUCGUCAGUUUUCAAAUUGAUUCCUUUAACGAAUCGCGAGCACAUAUUACCUUUGAAAC